GUUCAUACCGUUGCCGUGUUGGUAUGAAAACAAUUGCAUUUGGAUCGAAAGAAGAUCUACCAUCUCAGUGGAUGAUUUUUACUAGAAAACAUCGGCAAGAAAAUUUUCCUCGCCAGUGUUGAUUCCAUUUUGGGUUUCACUGUUUUAACGGCAAAGCGAAUUCACCCAACGCUGUCGUGUUCGGUGUCGCCAUUUUAACGAACGGGCUUGGUGUGGUCAGAUUGCUUCGUAGUUCACUGCAUUUCGAAAUCGCUGCCUUUUCUGUGUGGUUGAGAAGACGUCUUUUAUACGGGAGGAAAAAUACACAUUUCACAAGACCAGAGGUUUAAAUCGUGCGACGAAAUUGGAGGACUUCACUUUUGAAAACUUGGCAUUUGAAUGUUAGCGUGCGGGCCUUCUUUACGAACAAGAAAUACCGCUGUAAGCGUCUUUUGUGAAAGAAUAGUUAAUAUACCUCAAGACUUCUCCGUAACGUUUUCGUCUCGGCGAAUUAUGUUUUGAUAUAACGGACGAACCAUGGUAAACGUGAGAGAACUUAUCGACAACCUUCGGGCGACUAAACCGCCGUACGAAUGUCCUCUUUGCCAGAAGAUUUACAAGAGUUAUAGUGGAAUAGAAUAUCAUUUACGUGUUUUUAAACACGAUGGCACUGAUGUUGUAGGAACUACGCCGACUACUUCGAAAAAGGGAAAAGGUCGAGGUAGAAAAAGUGUUAAAAACAAGAAACCGCCGCCAUCGCCACCGACGCUAAGUGUUCCGAGAGAGACGCUAACUUACGCUCAAGCGCAGAAAAUUGUUGAGGUGGAAAUCGAAGGUUUUCCUCAUAGAAUCCACAUAAAUGAUCAAUUGGAUGUUGUGGAUAGUGAGGAAAUUUCUCAACCGGAGCCAGAAAAACCAGAGGAUGCUUUUGAAACAAUGCUGAUCAAGCCGCUUACCAGUUCAAAAUCGAAGAAUGAACAGUCAAACGAGAACAAUAACAGAAUAAGCUUGCCGAGUGCGGAGUACAGUGAGAAAAUGGAAUCGGGAUUCAGGCAACCCGAUGCACCUACGAGACCUACCGCUUACUUCCGAUUUAUUGAGCAGACCACUGAAGAACUAGACGAAAUGGUUGAAUAUGAUAUGGAUGAAGAAGACUAUGUUUGGUUAGAUACAAUUAACGACAAGCGAAAAGCUGAAGGAAUCGCGCCGGUCUCUCAAGAAAUAUUUGAAACUCUUAUGGACAGGUUGGAAAAAGAGUCUUACUUCGAAAGUCAAACUAACUGUGAUCCAAACCAGUACAUCGAUGAAGAUGCUGUGUGUUGUAUUUGUAACGAUGGAGAGUGUCAAAACAGUAACGCAAUCCUGUUUUGUGACAUGUGUAACUUAGCCGUCCAUCAAGAAUGUUAUGGUGUGCCUUACAUUCCCGAGGGACAGUGGCUGUGUCGUCGAUGUCUGCAGUCACCAUCUAGAGCUGUGGACUGUGUUCUGUGCCCAAACAAGACUGGUGCUUUUAAACAGACAGACACUGGAAAAUGGGGGCAUGUUGUAUGUGCAUUGUGGAUACCAGAGGUUUGUUUUGCAAACACAGUUUUCUUGGAACCUAUAGACUCCAUUGAAAAUAUUCCUCAAGCUCGAUGGAAGCUCACUUGUUACAUUUGCAAGCGUAGACAUGGUGCAUGCAUCCAGUGUUUCAAAACAAACUGCUAUACAGCAUUUCAUGUUACAUGUGCACAACAAGCAGGCUUGUACAUGAAAAUUGAACCUGUAAAAGGUGAGAAUGGUCAAGUGACAGUCCGAAAGACAGCUUUUUGUGAUGUUCACACACCAACAAACUCUGAAGCAGGAAGAGAGGAGGAGAACAGUGAAGAUGAAAUUAAAGAAAAAACAAACAUUUCUAAGAGCAAGACCCCAAGCAAGACUCCUGCAAAAAUAACCAGCAAGUCUGCAAAAUCAGCAAAGUCCAAACGCAGCAUCAAAAAGUUUAGGAAACUUUUGGCAGAGAAGAAAACCACUGCAGUUCCGAUUGUUAAUAUUCCUUUUAUACCAGCUCACAGGUAAGUUUCCUAUGUAAUGUUCUGACACCUAAUAGAUGUGUGAAAAUGUAAUCACAGAAAUCUGAAAUUUUCUUUUGAAAGUUGUAAUUCAACACAGCUGUUGCAUAGCAACUAUCGAUGAUCUACUACUGCCAUAGUUUUUUAUUUAUUUUUAUUUUUUAUUUUCAUGUUGAAUGAGAAUCAUUCUUUGAAUUACUGCAGUAAAAGACCAGGUUUUUUUUCAAGCUGCUUAGAAAAAUAUACGUAUAGAUUUUGGCUUUGUCUUGCAUGUGCGUGGAAAAGCUUUGGGAACAUGACUGUUUAUUUUACCUUUUCUUCUGUCUGUGGUGAUGACCAUGUUGAAUAAGGAAAAAGUCACCCACACUAGGCAUUAAGCUCUAUAUUCGAUCAGAUUGGACACCUGUAUUGAUAAGAAUUUUUGUUUAAUUUGACUUAAUUUACUUUAGCUUUCAUUUUCUGUACCUUGUUUUGGCAACACAAAAGUAGGAAUAUGUUAAAGCAAAUGGCUUUGGAGUGUAUCACCAGUUUAUAAUCAACUGUAAUGAAGAACACAACCAAUGAUCAUACUGCAUGAGUAUUUCGCAUACUGGUUAUUUAGUUUUCAUUUAGACUGUUCAGAUUUAUAUUUGCCCCAUAUGAUUUAUAUACACAUGUAUGCAUAUAUAAAUUUUUUUUAUUGUGAAUAUAAAGUUUUGCACACUUCAUUAAAUGGGGCUUCCAACUGAUAAUAGUUAAUAAUUCAUUCAAAUCUCAGCUUACAAGGCAUAAUGAUUCUUACUGAAUAGGUCUUCAUGAAUUUUUUAACUAUUGCACCAGCAAUUUGUCUGAAGGUUGUCAUUUUUGAGUGGGAAUUUUGUCAGAGGAGCAGGUUGCCUUUAAAACAACAUAUCAAGUACAGCUGUCUUGCAGUCAUUAACAAUAUGUGCACCACUUUUGUUAUUUGUUAUGGAAAUUUUUCAGUCCAAAACAACAAUUAUGCAUCUAAUAUUAGCCCCCUAGUGUGGAACGUAGACUGAUAAUGAAUAUUUUACUCUGGAUCUAUUUGAUCUAAAGUAUUUCUUUCUUAUUUAAGUCACGAUUAAAAACUUUUUUAGUGAAAAUUUGUGCAGUCACUAUCCACAGUAGGUAACAAAUUUACUGUUUUUGACUUUCCUUAAAUGAAAGUUUUCAACAGUGAAUAGUUUCUAUCAAUUAAUGGUAAUAUUGUACUACUAUUUUACACUAGAUAAUUAUUAUUGAAAAGUUUGAAAUUUUUUAAGUUCUUUUCAGUUAGUAUUUGUGUUAGGGAUUUUAAUGACAUUCUUAACCCUUUAACCUCAAAGAGUGACUCGUAUCCAAUUUCUCCUCGCAAUAUCACCCCUGAAUCACACAUUAAUGUCAUGGGAAUAAGGAUAUGAUCACUAACUUAAGAAACCCUUGAUUGUGAACCCUCUAACUCCCAUUAGUGACCAAGACAGAAUUUCUCCUUACAAUAUUAAUACAAUAUCAGGCAGAAAAGUGAUGAGAAUAAAGAAAAAUGUUAAUUAGGAGAUUAUUAGUUGAUCCAAUACCAAAUUCUCCAAGCUAACUUGGCAAAAACUAUAUGGCAGACAGUAAGGAGAAUUACUGAUGAGAUCUUGGGAGUUAAAGGGUCAAGCAAAUGCUCCACAUCAGCAUCAAAGGAAAUUUCUAGAGAACAGCAAGGAGAAUGUGCAUACCACUGUUAGGGUGUGAGGGGUUAAUACUAAUGGUUCUUGGUUUUUUUUUUUUUUUGUUUUUGUUUUUUUUUUUUGCAUUACCUUCAGACUCAGUAAGAUUGUGGGACGAGUUGCCAUGGCACGAAAGGCUCAGUUUAUUCAGAGUCUUCAAAGCUAUUGGAUGUUGAAACGACAGUCCAGGAAUGGAGUUCCACUGUUGAGAAGACUUCAGGCCAGCCAUCAAAGUCAGAAAGCUGGUGCUGAUGAAGUAUGUAGUUCUAAUUAGUAUUUCUGAUACAGAUUUUUUAUUCUGAUUUGGGAGAAUUUAACUAUCUUCAGUGCUAAAUGCUUUGAAUUUUCUCCCCAGUCAAGCGAAAGGUCACUGAGGAUCAAAGCUAUGAAAGAGCAGCUACACUUCUGGCAACGACUGCGGCAUGACUUGGAGAGAGCACGUUUGUUGGUGGAGUUGAUCAGAAAGAGAGAGAAGCUUAAACGGGAACAAGUAAGUUUCUCCAGGGUUUCAUACCAGUUCUGCAUGAAAAGCCAUAAUCCCUCUUACGGAAAUCAUUGCCAGAAGUACAUGUAUUUGGUCUUAGAAGUCAGGGUGUCCAGACAUUUUUAAACUGUUAGGUUCCCUGUGGCUUGUAGGUUCUUUUAUAUACUUCAGCCUUGUUUUCUCAAUCUCUGGAUCAAAAUUAGUUAUUCCAGUAAUCUUCUAUGUUGCCAAUAUUUGGUCUUGGGAAAAGGGUUCAGAAAACUCUUGCCAGGUUUUACUCAUAAUGCUUAGUCCUGAAAAAAGGUUUUUAAUAUUAGAAAUUUCUUAAAUUUGUAUACAGCAAUCCAUUUGAUUUCUGAUGUACAACCCUUUAACUCCCAUAAGUGACCAAGACAGAACUUCUCCUUACAAUAUUAAUACAAUAUCAUGCAGACAAGGGAUGAGAAUAAAGAAAAAUCUUGAUUAGGGGAUGAUUAGUUGAUCCAUUAACAAAUUCUUCAAACUAACAUCACAAGAACUGUAUGGCAGACAGUAAGGAGAAUUACUAAUGAGAUCUUGGGAGUCAAAGGGUUAAGGAACUUACAAACAAAGAAAAAGGGCUCCUAUUUCAUUUUUUGUUUUAAUGAAGCCAUUAAAAAAAUGUUGAUUGCUUUGGAUAAUUUUUUUUUUCAAACCUGUUGGUUGCCAAUUGGCAACUUUUCUCCAGAGUUAAGUCACCAAAUAUAUUUUUCACUCACUGGGGAAGCCAAAGUGGAGCUCUGAGAAAUGCAGAAAUACAUGAGCAGUUGGAAUAAUCAUAAAAUCACCUUGCAAAAAGGUCUACAUGUAGACCCAUACAGGAGUAAGCUCAGCAGUUUUGAUAAUCAACAUGACAAGCAGACCCUUACAAACCAUAAAAUAACAUUUUAUUUUAAAUAUUUCUAUCUCCUGACUGAUCAGGUGAAAGUCAAACAGCACGUGGUGGACCUGCAGUUGCAGCCACUGAACAUUGUUCUCAGGAAAACCUUGGAGCUCUUGCAGACGAAAGAUCCUGGAGAAAUCUUUGCUGAGCCUGUUGAUACUGAUGAGGUAUGGACACAGAAUCAGAAAACAAAUAAAUGAAAUGCUUCACUUCACAGUAUUUUCUUGUAUACCCAGUUUGACUCCCUGUUGUGCAAAUUUCCCCACCCAGCAUUCAAUAGGAGCUAGUAGCCAGUCAAGAUCGCUGGCUAGUCUGCCAUCUUCAGCAAGCUUUUCUCACCUUAUUUUGAUUUAAUUGCUGAUAAAAAUUGUGCAAUAAUUGAAAUUCCUUCAAUAAAUUCUGUAUAGUAGCCAUUCUCAAGGCUCCAUCCCUGUUCCUGUUUUGAUACUAUGCCCAUUUUCUCAACCCUUUCACUCCUAAGAUCUCAUUAAAUUUGUUUUGAGAAUUUGGUAUUUGAUCAACUUAUUAUCCCUUAACCCUUUAACUCUCAGAUCAAAUGUUUCAUUCUGCUUACUGUCAAACAUACAAUUCUUAUAAUGCUAGUUCAGAGAAUUAAGUAUUGGAUCAAGUUAUUAUCCCAAAUUGAUAUUUUUUUUAUUCUCAUCACUUAACUGGUUGUUAUUGUAUUGAUAUUGUGAGGAGAAAUUCUGUCUUGGUCACUCAUAGGAGUUAAAGGGUUGAUAGGUAUUUUUCUUUAUUCUCAUCACUUGCUUGCAUGAUUUUGUAUAGAUAUUGUAAAGAGAAAUUCUGUCUUAGUCAAUAGUGGUAGUUAAAGGGUUAACUGAUUUCACAAGGAAAUAUUUGGCUCUUGAAAGGAGAUGUACUUAUCAAAUCUAAGAGGCAGGUCUGCUGUGAAGGAUUUUCAUACAAUCUUGGUAUUAAAGGAAUAUGCGUUAUCCAUCUUGUCGUUAACAUUAGACAGAGAAAAAAACUCUCAGUCUUCAUAACAAUCUAUGCUCCACCUCUAAGUAACAGGAAAUUCUUUGGUGAGGUAGACAAUUACUAGAAUCAUUUCUGACAAAUAUCCUGCAUACUGCAAGGAUUAGAAAUACUGUAAGGUUCGUGUGAGUGGCAUUGCUAAGUUUUCUUCAAUCCUUAGGUCACUGACUACCUGGAAGUUAUAGAUGAACCUAUGGACUUCUCGACAAUAUCAAAGCGUAUUGAUGACAAUCACUACACCACAAUGGAGCAGUUUGAACGAGAUUUCAAUCUGGUCAUCGGCAAUUGUUUAAGAUAUAAUGCUCCAGACACCAUUUACUACCGUGCAGCGCUCAAAAUGCGAGAUCAAGGACGUCCCAUUGUACGUGCCGCCAGGCGGCAAGUGGAGCGGGCUGGUAUAGACCCAGUAACAGGUCUUCAUACAGAGGAGCCACCAACACUGGCAGAUAGAGAACCUACUGAAGAAGGUAUGGAAAAAAUAAUUAAUAGAAGUGAUAAUAGUAAUAAAAAUAAUGAUAACAACAAUAGUGGUGAUUAUGAUGACGAUGAUAACUAUAAAGAAACUAAUAAUGAUAAUAAUAAUAAUAAUUAUUAUUGUUGUUGUUGUUAUUAUUAUUAUUAUUAUAUUAUUAUAAAACGCUUUAUUUUCACAAGAGUGGUUAUAGAUAAAAGUUUGAGGAUGUUGAAAACAAUGUUUCGAAAGCACCAAACAGCUACAAAGCUUCUUUCAAUUUUUUUCAUUUUUGCGGUGCAUGACAUUCCCAUAUUGGUUCGUUUCACGCUGAUGUCUUACCACACAGUCUUACUCUUCACGUUAAAUGUCUUGAACGUAUCUUUUCUCUGGCUGAAGAUGUGUAGUUUGUGAGGUACUUCAGAUCGCGACCAGUGCGCCUUUUGUUCAGGUACUGAAACUUCAGUUUCAUUGGAACAAGAAGAGAGUCUAGGACUUUGCAUCAACCGCGAUGUAUUGUAUAAAUCGUGAACCUUUAAUAGCAGUCAGGUGCACUUGUAGCAUGAUAAAGUUCUUAACAACAUUUUCUUGGUUGGUUUAGAUUUCGUCCUGACAGAGGAGCAGAGGAGGGACAUGACUCUGGAGGAGCAGUUAAAAGAUCUGCAGGAGAAACUGGACAUGACUCAGGCUAUUAAACAUGGAGGUCAGAUUUGUGAUAUGUUGCUGCAGUGUUUACUGCCAGGCGACCCCAGAAACCUUUGCGUAAACAAAAGGAUCCGGUUGCUGGCAACUCACUCAUUUACGUAAUAGCUCAUGACCUGGUUGUUCGGAGGAUGGGUAAUGCUAUCCUCUUGAAAAAUCCCAAUCCGGUGGAUAGCGCAUUAUUCUGUUGGUUAGUGUUAUCCGCCAUUUGGACAAACGGGCCUAAGGCUGUGACUAGCAGGUGAUCAGCUUAUGUGUCUGGGUCGCCUGUUCUACUUUGCGUUUAUGAAAGCUUUUGAGGAACAAGAUACCCCAGAUUUCUGACAAGAGCGUUUAAGCACCUCGCGAUUCUUUUCAGAGCAUAGCUGAGUGAAAGUUAGAUAAGACUUUUCUUUAUUACUUUCUUUGUAUGACUGUGGAAAGAGUUUUAAAACUUUUAGUACAAAUAAGCUAUCUUUUUUUUUUUCCAGGAGUCAGAGCUACAAGGGUUCGAAUGUUACGUAAAGAGAUCGCUCUGGUCAGGAGGAAACUUAACCAGGAGAAGAGACAUCUUUCAGAAUCAAGUGGUUUGUGAUUUUCUUAUUUGUUGUUUAUUCGUUGACGCAGAGCAAGCUUCUUGUCAUCAACUAUCAUUUUGUUUUAGGAUUUAUGUUUCGGUUGUACAGCAAUCAUUUUAUCCUUUUAACUCUUUACUCCCAAGAGGUGAUGAACAUGUAACUCUUCCCUAUGAUAUCCAUACAUUAACAUGCAAACAGGUUAUGAAAAUACUCAAACUUAUCUGGUAGAAAUUGUUGUUUUGAUCUAACGCUAAUUUAAGGAAAUGCGCAGCAGCUAGAUGGGGGAAUUCGAAAUUAAAUUUUGCGAGUUAAGGGUCGAACGUUUAGACUGCGUUAAUUUUGGCAUUUCAUAAAAAAAUAUUCGUGGCAAAGAUAUCGUAACUGUUUCAGAGAAAAAUAAAUGGUCAUCAAGGGUGUCUUAUCUGUUGCGUAGAGUUUGUAUCCAGUGUGUUUGAUUUUCCUUUUUUAUUUUUUUUAACCAGGGCUUUAUUGUGGCAAACUAAUUGUAAGAACUUGAACGUUUUAAUGAUGUCUCUCUUCCCAAGCGGUAUCUUUUGUCGAGUUAGGCACAAGGGUUUUGAAAUUUGAUUUAAAGCGAAAAAUUUCCUGGAGGAAAUACUUAAGAAAAGUGAUAGAAAGGUGAACAGGGAUUUUUAAAUUUUGAUCUAGUAUUUGUUGUUGUGUAUAGCUGGUGGCCUGGACGGAUGUAACCUCAGCGAGACCUGUCUGUCACCACUCGAAGACGAACAGCCACUGAAGAAAUUUAGACCCAUUGACGAGAAUGACACUCUGAACGGCCCGCAGACCACCAAACAUCUGGACACUGAAGACCAUCGUUUGGUAGGUGACAGUCUCCUUAACAGUAGAGCUACUGCCAAUCCUAGUCCUGGUACGAGCCGGCGCAGUGGAAUCUUGUUCAACAAGGGAAGGCACAGGGCCAGGAGGAAUCUUUCUUCGGGCGCCGACAAGUUCCCUUUCGAUAUUCUGCCACCAGCGAAUCACGCGUUAAAGACAACAGACUCGGAUAGAACGCUUGAUCCUGUUGCCACGGAGUGCCAAGUGACUGAGAAUUUGCAUACGGAUGAAGUCGGUGAAGAAGAUACUGUGUUCGAGGACAGACAUCAGCCAGCUCCCCAAGAGGAAAAGAGACCUCACAAACGACACUCAACAGACAAUGAUACUUUUUAUGUACCCAAGAAAACUUAUAAAACAGAACUCGGUAAGCUGAUCGAAGACGCUACCCUGCCCAUGUUUGACACGCAUCCGUCCGACAGAGGCCAUAACCACUUUGCGUGCGCGAAUGGUCUGCGGCAGCGAUCGUAUCGGUCGUACACCAGCGGAUCCGAGUCGGACAUCAGCGAGAAUGUGAGAAUGAACGGCACUCGCGCUUCCCGAGAACUGUGUCGAAAGUUGUCGGUAUUUUCCGAAGAUGAUGAACAGAGCACCGAUACGGAAAACAGUUCUGCUGAAAAUCGGGUUAUGAACGGACCAGUAGACGGGAGAAAGAAAAAGAAACCCGCGGCAAGACCUCGAAAGACGACGUCAGAUUCAGAGAUUGCUGAUCUCCCUCCUCUGCAACCGCUGGAUUUAGUUUGGGCAAAGUGUCGAGGAUACCCAUCCUAUCCUGCACUGGUAAGUACUGUCCUCAGGCAGUUUUACAGUCCUUAUAUUUUCAAGGGAGUCACAUGGCGAUGAGUUUAGUAUCCUGUUCCAGGCGUUCAGCUGGUAAAUCCGAGCGGAGGAGUAAAAAAAUGGGGGAGGCUUGGGUCGGGCAUUACGCAACCUGACCCAGGUCUCCCUCGUCACUCCUCUGCUAUCAUGUAUGUACGUAUUUGGGAUAUUUAGCCUGGCCCAGGCUUGUUUGAAAGGACGUCAGACCACAACACCAGGAGCUACGUUCCCUACUCUGCGAGAAGUGCAUGGGUUGUUCAGCGUCCCCUGCUAACCAGUACAGAGGGAAUUUAAGAGACGUCCUCUUCCGAGAGGUCUAGAAUGUCGAACCAUUUACAGCACAUUCUCCUGAGUUAUUUUAAGUCCCAGAGUGUUGGUCCAGUCUGGGGCUUGAACUCGACCUCCCGCACGGUAAUCCGGUGCUGUGAAACAUGAGCUAACUAAGCGCGGUGAAAGUGGCACUCUUCACCAUCGCGCUUCGUUUUACUAACUGACUGCCUUGAACACGUUUUCUUUUAAGCUAGUACGAGUAUCAUGUAGAACUGCCAUCACACCUGAACAUCAGUGUGUAUAUUCGUUACACCGUUCUAUAUACAAUUCUCAUGUUACUGAUAAGGCUGUUUAAUAAUCAAGAGCUUCUGUUGAGGUUCCCUUCAGUUUCAAUUUCAAUUUUUACAGCCUCGUGAAUGCCUGUUUUGAGAAUGAUUUUAAAUAUAUUCAAACAUAACUUUUUUUGGUAUGUUUUACUGUUAAUUUUCAUUAUAAGUAAUUUUCGUUAUUUAUUUAUUGUCAUGCUCGUGCAUCAAAUGUAUUUAAGAAAUCAAUUUCUGCGUUGUUCCACUUCGUCGGAAUUUCCGACUUUUGUACAGUUCUCGGCUGGAGAACUGACGAUUUCACCUUUAGGGGUGGUGAUGGUGGAUAUGAGGGUAGGGUCGGUGGUAGUGAACGGUAUUACAGGCUCAUUUCGUUGAUUCUUUCAUCAAUAGAUAAUAGAUCCUCGAACGAAGAAAGGUUUCCUUCACCAUGGCGUGCCAAUUCCUGUACCACCUGAGGAUGUGUUGAAGGAGAGGACUAUUACUGACGAGCAUCUCUAUCUUGUGCUGUUUUUCGACGCAAGGCGAACUUGGUAAGAGUUAUGUGUCGAAGCGCAAUAUCCCUACGUAAGUGUGACUCAUAAGAAAAAAUUCGAUAUUACUUGUUAUACCAGUGUUAUCUCCCGUUUACAUCGCACUCUGGGAUGGGUGAGUUUAUUUGACACAGCCCGCUAAAAAUUAAAUCUGUUUUUGUCUACCAAAAACAAAGUCAGUACUCGAGUCAAGUGUCCCAUCUAGCUGGAGCUUACCCCGGUCCCCUUAACACGAAGCGACUUGAAGUAUUUCUUCUUCCCUCUGGAUGGGAUGUUAGUCCAUCGUAAGACUUUUAUUUAUCGUGAAUUGAGCAAGGCUUGGGUAAGUUAAUUCUUGCAUUUGGUUAGAUCAAAGGGGUGCGUGUUUUCCAGACCAAUCACAGAGCGUAGUGAAGAAGAAUCAAUUCGAUCACAGAUUACACGAUUAUUCGAUUUAAUUCAUAGUUUUGGGUUUUUCUGACUUAAGGCAAUGGCUACCGCGUCACAAACUUGAACCACUGGGCCAACACGGAGAGAGAGACGAGAACAAGUUACAGGAGGGUCGGAAGACGUCCAUGAGGAAAUCUGUCAUGCAAGCCUACGAACGGGCUAUAAUUCACCGAGACCAAGUACAAAGGGGUGACUCGCGGGACUCCGACGACGACGACGAUAGUUACGGAGAUGCCGACAACAAUGACGAAGAUCAGGGGGUCAACGCGAAUGGUAACGAAGUCGAGGAUGACGAGGACAGCGACAAUGAAGUUGAAGACAUCGAUGAACGCGAACUAGAGGAAAAUGGAUUUGUUUAGAAGCUGUUUUUUAUUGUCGUUGUUUGUUAGAUAUCUCGCUAGUUGUUCCAAUUGGAUCGAUUUCAAAUUGGAUGUAGCUCAGAUACAGUUUAGAGGGCUUCCAACAAAAUAUAUUUCCUUCCACUGAAAAUAAAUCUUAUGGCAGCUAAUCCGUACGAUACGAUAGCACACCUGUUCACAUGCAAUUUUUUAAGCUAGAGAAUUUAACAUCCAGGAGUUUCUGAAAUGUUUUUUUUUCCUCCGACUUCGAUUCAAAAUAAAGCGCAGCAAAGGCAUGGAAGAGUUUUUCGAUAGAAAGUGCGUUCAGAUGCCAUGUGGCAAGGACGUUUAAUAAAGCACACGUAGCAUUUUAAAACGUCGCACCAUAAAUUUGAUCUGUACUAUUGUAUUUAUACUUAGAAACCAAAUCAGUCUGUAAAUGUUCUUCUAUUUUUUCUGAGACAUCUCUUUUUUAACAAAUCGAGUGAAACCCGUGAAGUUGUUGUUUUGUGUAUCUACCCUUCAUUCGUGUUGUAUAUCUUGUAAACCUUUGCAACCCAGGGUCAAUAAACUCGUCUACAGUGACAUUAUUGCUGUUUGGUUUUGAGAGUAGCAGCGCAUUUCGCAAGUUCUAAAACGAGAACUCAAAACCGAAGUUAUCACAGCAGCCAAUCACAGCGAAGUUUAGUAUCACA